AAAAUAUAAAAUUCCAGCUAAAAUUGUAUGCUCCAUUGUUUCAAUAUAAAUUUUAAAUUAAAAAAGCAGUAUUAAUAUGCUAUUGCCUCGUUUAAAAAAGUAUGGCUAAGCAGUUAUUGCUUUGAACUUUAAAAAGGAAUAAAAUAAAAAAAACAGUAUAUGUAUGUAUAUAUGUUUGUAACUAGUUAUGAAGUUGACAAUCUAUUUUGAGUAUUUUACUAUUUUCUGUGAACAAACAGUAUGUGUUGUCAUUUAUUAGAUUUCGUUUUGAUAAUAAGGUAUCUACAAGAUUUUUUUGUUUAAUCACCUGAUUGAAACAUUACAUAUACGCUUAUGUAUUUGAUAAGGAAUUUGUUUUGAUACACCGUAGACUAUGGAUUGUGUUAAUGGAUCACUCAAUCAAGAUGAUAUCAAAGAAUUUAAAUCAUUAGAUUCUGAAGUACAAGAGCUAAUCAAUGCAGCUAUAAAAGCAAGAACAUUUUCUUAUAGCCCUUACAGUAAUUUUGCGGUUGGGGCUGCUAUACGCACAGAAAAUGGUCAAAUUUACACAGGCUGCAAUGUAGAGAAUGCUGCUUUUAGUUCAAGUAUUUGCGCUGAAAGAACGGCAGCUUGUAAAGCUAUUAGCGAAGGUCACAAGGUUUUUACUGCCCUUGCAGUCGUAGGUCAACAAGAGAAGAGUUUUACGACCCCAUGUGGUGUAUGUCGGCAAUUUUUGUUUGAAUUCGUCGAUAAUGAUUUUCCAGUUUAUGUAGCUAAACCGUCCCCAUACAGAGUUCUGUGUACAACAAUAAGCAGUCUUUUACCAAGAGGAUUUAAAACGUAUAUCAAUUGACUCAAAAAUAUUUGACGUACAUAUUUUAUAUGUAGAUCUAUGUAAACUUUGUUAUGUAACCAAAUUAUUUUGUGUAAAGAAUUCUAGUUGUUGAUAAAAUAAAAUAGCUUAUUAGUAUUUCUUUCUAUGUUAAA